AUGCGGACAGGAGGAGAUGACACCUGCAUCGAAAGCCAGAGCUUUACUUCGUCUCACAAGACGUUCAAGAUCAAACGCUUCCUUGCGAAGAAGCAGAAGCAGAACCGGCCUAUCCCGCAAUGGAUUCGCAUGAAAACGGGCAAUAAGAUCAGGUACAACUCCAAAAGGAGACACUGGAGAAGGACCAAACUGGGCUUGUAA